AUGGUGGUCAAGGAAUUUCUCGACUCGGAUAGGGUCAACUUUCUGAUUUGGAGGUAUCUGUUAGAAGGAAAUUAUCGCGAAACUGCCGCCAAGUUCCAAAAGGAGUGGCACGUAAAGGAGCCACACCGAGAUUUCCCCUUCGCGCCUCAUGUCAAGGGCCAUGCACUUGUUUCUGUCGUCAACAGAGGAUUGCUGUACUAUGCACUUGAACGUGAAUAUGCAAUCAAUCAGCUUCCUCAAACCACGGCCAGCGCAGAGGCACAGUCGCUGCAGGUCGGUGUCUUUGGACCACUGAACUCGCAGCAACCGGCCAAAGUGGAAGAAGGGGAAGGCGCUGCAGUCGGCGGCGACCUGGAAUCAUCACGGAAGCGCAUCCAACAUCAGCUACCGAAUGGCUCGCCGGCAAAGAAACCGCGCCUCAGCAAUGGCUAUACUGAUGCAUCCGCAUCCGCACCCGUGGCCACGGCGGCCACCACCACGUCCACAACUACCAACACCACCACAACCUCCGCCACCACACCCAUGGACGUCGAUCCCAGCCAUCAACACCACGCCCACAACCCUCACUCUCACGCACAUUCUCACGACAACCAGCACGACACCAGCAACAAUCACGCCUAUCCGUCACCGCUGGAAGGCGAACAAUUACCACCGCCCAUCACACGCACCGAUGGCCCCGAGCAAGGUACGCAGGUCGACAAGGUGGAGGAGUUAUCGCCAGACACAACCUUCAUCCGACUCAUGGACGACGAACGCUCGUCGCGCAAGGCGUCGGAAGCCACAGCUACGCCAUCUCCCUCCCCAGUAGGCGCUGAGAAUGCGCCUGUGUUGCUGCAGUGCGAGUGGAACCCCCGCGACCCAUCAAUGUUGGCGGCUGCUGGAACCGAUGCACUAGCCCGCGUUUGGACCAUUUCUCGUUCCCCGGCUGCUGAGCCACCAGGCAAAGAUGGACGAGAUCACGUGGCUCCCCUCGCCAACACUUUGAUCGACCCUGAUACACCGCGAACAACCACAGUCACGGCCUUAUCGUGGACGUCGGAUGGCACGGCCAUUGCCGUUGCCACUGAUUCAGGGUCGUCGGCCGCGGUGAGUGUGUGGUCGGCCGACGGUGUCCACAUGCAGACGAUGGAAGUAUCAGAACCGCCUGUCAUCAAACUCAGCUGGAACCCCAGCAACACUGCUCUCCUUGCCAUUUCACCGGAAAAGGGCGGCGCGCUCAUCACGGUUUAUUCCUCUGCCACCGGAAAUGCCUUUACAUAUCUUUUACCUGGGCAUGACAUAGGAGCUACGCCGCUUGAUGCCGCCUGGACCAAUGACGCCGAGUUUUUAUUAAGCGGCGGCGAACUACUAUUAUGUCUUCAUUGCACAGAGUCUUCCAUUGUACAAGUACGGAAAUUUGAAACCAAAGGGGAUGAUAGUUUUACACAAGUUCUCUUCGAUUGGCGGUCAAAACUCGCUGCUACAUCAAGCGACAAAGGCACUCUGGAUCUCUGGGACGAGUCGGGACAAAGACGAUCUAUUUCGGCCCACCAAGGAGCCAUCACUACCAUGGCUUGGCAACCGCUACCACCAAACCAAGCCGCUCCCGACGACGAGCGACUGAUUGCUACUGGCGGCGACGACUGCGCCAUAUUAAUAUGGAACGCCAGAAAACCCGAAAGCAAAGCAAAGUGUUUUCUGACCAUGGACUCACCGAUUGUACGACUUGCCUUCACACCGGACGGAGCCUUUAUUGCUGGUGCCACCUCACGGCAAGUGUUAAUAUGGAAGGUGGAUAACCACACGAUGCCCAGAGCAAGCUGGAACAGACCGCCACACCCAGGCUGGCUCAGCCCAAAGGGAGGCUCGGAGUCUGACGAAGAGGACGAACACUGCCUAUGCUGGGAUGUUAGUGGACAAAAGCUGGCAUAUGGUUCAAAUAGUAGAAUAGCCCACGCUCAACCAUCAAAUCAGGACUAG